ACUACUACUACUACUACUACUAUACUAUACUAUACUAUACUAUACUAUACUACUACCACCAUUAUUUACUUUUUAUGAUGACAAUUUUCAACUUCCAAAUUGCUUCAAUUUAGUGUACCAUAGCAACAGUAUACCUUCCUCAUGCAUAUUAGCAGUGGUGUGUUGGUCCAGUGAAGGAAUGUCUAACAUGACCUGUCUUGCAUUCAACAUUCAUAGUAUGGGCAGUACAUAAUGACCAGAGCAUCCUAUAUCACAGACCAGUGUGUGAUACGCAGCUUCAUAAUGAUUAGAUAAUGUAAUUCAUGUCAGUAGUGAGGGGCUGUCCUACCUCAGCGCUGGUGCACCCAGAGUGCAAAGUGCAGAUAGAAUGAUGGCUAUUGAAAUGGCUGAAGCAGGAAGAAAUAUAAAUGAAUAACUUAAUACUACUGUAAUGAAGGAAACCAGUGGUCCACCAUCCACAUCAAUCCAAGUUUGUUUGAGAAAAGUCACAGAUAUGACAGCAUGCCUGGAGCUCAUCAGCAAGCUAGAGAGAACACCUAUCAGUAAGGAAGUCUUAGAGUCCACUCGGCUUGGGCGACAUAUAAAUAACAUCCGCCGCAAGACCAACCACCAGGAGCUUUACCGACGGCUCAAGGAUCUUGUCCGGAAGUGGCGUAAGGAAGUCCUAGCCGAUGGAGUCAAUGGGGCAGCUGGUUCGGGGCCGGGGCCGGGGCCGGGAGGGACGGCCAAGGGAUCGGGGAAUGGCCACCCCCAGCCCAAUUCUCCCUCAUCCCUACCGUCCAGUGGCAACACCAGCCCGGGAGUGUCGGCCCCCACCACCCCAUCCACCCUGGUGCAGCGGACACGCACUGCCUCCCCGACCCUCACCACUGCACACUCGUCCCGCCCACUCAAGCCCGUGUCUCCUGCCUUACUCCGUGGCCGUGUCUUCAGCCCCGGUUUGAGUCUGGCCUCCACCUCGCCGGCCAUCACUCCCCCACUUGCCUACCCUACCCGCCCAAGGUCCCGCCCACAGUCUCCCUCAGUCAACCCCGGCCUGCGGCAGCCAUCCAGGGCGGAUGCUUCCUCCUAUGCCCCAAGUGCCGAAAAUGUUGCGAAAACAAACACAGCCAACAAGAGGUUGAGAAAAGAUGAUGAGGAUUCUAGUGAUAUUCCCGUGGCCAAGCGACCUAGAAAUAAUGUAACUAAUGGUUUUGACGAAGACAGUAGAGACAGUGUUUCCAGUAUUGUUAGUAAUGAGUGUGCUAAGGUUACUAGUGGAAGUAGUGAGUGUAGCAAAUCUAGACGAAUAGCAAGCAUAAAUGCUGCUCUAAAGGGAAAGUCUGCAAUCUCUGACACAAUGACGGUUACCAGCAACUCGGACCAGCUCCAGCAGAAAAUGGCAGCCAUCCCCAUGCCGACCAAGGCUUAUAAAGUGAAAACCACGUCUCAGAUCGUGGCUGAACUGGCCGAGAGGAAAGGGGACAGUAAGCUGGCUGAAAGGGCAAGCAAGCUGGAGGAACAACAUGUUCGCGAGGUGACUAGUCCAGGGGCCACGCUGGGUAUGGGCCGCGGGACGGACAGUGCUGCUGUCACCCGUAACAAAAUGGACCACCUGCAGCGGUACCUCAGCUCUCAGUCUGGUCCAGCAUUUGAGGAGUACUCUGGGGGUGGGGACGAGGACCGCGACUCCAUGUCCUCAGAAACCGAAGUGCAGCGAUCCACGAGUCCCGCGGCCUCCCCAGGCGGUCCCCCUCAUGUCCCCGUCCCCAUCACCACCCCAAGCAACCUGGACCUGCUGGGAGUGAUGAACGGGGAGACAGCCGAGGAGAUCCUGGCACGCCUGCCGCCCAUUGACCAUGGCAGUGUGGUGUGGGACGACCCGGAGGACCAGACUGAAGCACAAGAACAAGAAGGGAGAUCUGGGGAACCUGACGAACAAGACUCAGCCAGUGAGUCGGAGGAUGAGACGGAGAGGCUGGUGAGGAAAUCUAAAAAGGUUCCCCCGGAGAAGGUGGGCUGCCUUCACUCUAGUAAUCUGGACUGUCAGAAUGGCAACUUUGACGUGGAUGGAAAGUUUCGGGAGUGGCACGAAGUAUUAGUCAGGAAAGGCUACCAGGACGACCCUCUGAUAGUGUUGCCUUAUGUGAUAACUGAUUUUUGAAACACAAACUGUUUACAAUGAACCUGGUGGCUGAGAGGUGUCAAGAGGCUACCUAAAAUAUUUGUACGUGGUUGUCAUUCACUUUUACAUUUUUCUCAAAGCCAUAGAAUCAUGUUAGUCUGUUUCUUGUUAGUCUAUUUGUAUUUUGUGUGUGUGAUAUUCAUUUGUUUCCUUUUUGAUAACCUUCAAAAAAUGUUGCUAUAUACAUUAAUAUAUAAUUGAAAAGAAUGGCAUAUGUUGAUAUUGCUUACCUUGCUUAUGUUGCUUCAAGUUUUCUUUGAAGACAACCUGAAGAGAUACAAGAGUUCUUAGGAUUAAGUAUAUACAGUGCCUCAAUGCUGGUGGGGAGAGACCUCAGUACCUGCUGAAGACAACGGCCUCUACAGCUACUUGGGCCACACCUCAGUGUGGUGGUACUUCCUGCAGCACUCAUGUCUCUCCUCACUCAUUUUUAUUCAUCUAUAUGAAGAAUCAGUACAGAUGCCUUCAGUAACUUCCAUAUCCAAGCUGAAAGUGGUAGACACGAGGGUGCCAGUGCCCACCGAGCGUUGUGCCGGGAGGGACGCACUGUUGUCUUGGCAUUAGGAAGGACGGCCAUAUCCAUUUCCCUGUCAGUGCUCUGGUGUGAGGGUAGGGUAGUCAUGUGUGAGUCCUGAGUUCCUGGGUCACUGGAGAGUGUUGGCAUCGCCUACUGCUGUCAUAUUGCACAUAUGCACUUCUCUUUCACAUCCACUAGUUAACUACAGGGUUAUCUUUUUAGUUUGUCUUGUUAAGGCUGCUUUAACUUUCUACAGUUAACCUGAAGAGAUGAAUGUGUGCAGUGACUGCAGCACAAAGGGAUGUGUCGCCUUCCCUAGACCCUAAACAUCACUUUGAGCCCCAAGUACAAGACCUUUCUUAAUUGCCACAAAAAAUUCUACCAUAUAUGAGCUGUGAUAUUGACUGCAUUGUUACCUUUACUUUUAAGUUCCAUCUUAUAAGUCUUUUAUUCCUUACAUUCACAUAAUUGAUCAUUACUAAACUUGAUUUACAUUCUCCAACAAGUUAAUAUACAUUACAUUGGGUCUUUGUAAGCGGGGCAAGCAUUAUUGUAUCUAAUGCAUGAUUUUGAUAUGUUUUGGGCAUCAGGUUUACUUGGUAGGUUGCAGCUCAGGGCUCACACCUACCCCACAAGAGUCAGGACAGACACGAGAGCAGUAAGCAGUCUGUGUUGAAGCCCUGUUGAUAACCAGUCCAGCGUUAUGUAGCAGUUUGUUCACUGUAGCUCGCCUGCAGACCAUACUGUUAUGAACUAAUGCUCAUUGUUCAGACAGAUCUUGCAGUCUCCUGGUCAUUGUUUUAGACACCAAUCAUUUGUUUAUUAUACCAUCUUUGAUCCUGGCUGGUUGUUGUAUAUCUGUGAUGGAUCCAGUGUUUAAAAGGAAAGUGUUUAUUACAAGGUUAAAGAAGGUAAUUGUGCUCAUGUAUAUUGUCAUUACAUGCCAAAGAAUCAAUUUACAUGAUCUGUACACAGGAGCCAUUGUUUUCUGUUUCUCCUCAUUGGGUUAACUGCAUUCCUUAAUUGUGGAUGGCAAAAAAAAAAAAAAAAAAAAAAAAAGACAUUCUCAUUUUUCUGCUUCUUUUGUGUGACCAGCCACUGCCUUAGGACAGGGGUGGACGGAGGUUCAAAGUUGGGGCUGCCCAAGGAAAGACAUGUGAAAGGCCAUUGUAUUAAUCCAGUGUUGCAUUUUUGUUAUCUUUUAUUUUUACUGGAAAAAAAGGAACAUUUAUAUGAUGCCUAGAAGUAUAGUGUUAGACAGUUGAAGUAUUCCAAAGCUUGUGUGUGUUUACUUGAUACUUUUGCAGGAGUGCUUUAUAUAAAUGUAAAUGUGGAUACACUACACCACACUUUUAUACCCUGUUCAGGAAUUUACAUUUUCUGAGUCUUAAGGUAAUGUGACCAACGCUAGACAUUCUAGGUAGUUGUGUACAUAACUGGCAUACAUUCUAGACACCUGACUUGGCCUGUACUAUGCAAAGUCUCCCCACACCAGGAGUACUCCUGCCUCCUACCCCACACCUUCCUUCCUUUCUUGGGUUCAUUCAUUUAGAAAAGAGCAGUUGUGAUUGGUUGGCAAAUUUAUUAUCUGGAAAAAGACAUUCUGCAAUAUCUUCCAGUAUUUUGUACAAUAUUUCUUUUCCUUGUGUUGUAUAUUCACAUGUCAAAAAUUGCUCGUAAUUGCUUUGCCAUAAUUAACAACUGCCAUGGAAAGAUUUUUUUUUAUUAAUUUUUUUCUGGAAACAAGAAACAUACGUGAUUGAAAUGUUUAUUUUUUUGAAAUGGCUAAAUGAUAACCAAAGGCUGGGUGCAGCUCCUGUCUGGAGCACUCUGACAAACCUGAGAAUGCAAAUGUCCAAUGCUGCAACAGUAAAAUACAAUGUUAUUGGAUGUUUUGUAAUUUAUAGUUUUGUUGAAAAUAUGGAUUCAUUCCUAGCAGGAUACAAAAGCCCAAUAAAAUGAUAACACUG